UUCCCACUAAUUCAAUUUUGACGACAUCAUCACCAAUAUUCCUACACAUAUAUGAGAGCAUGUCACUCAUCAAAAGGAAGACGCUUACAGCUUCAGCUAACAACGCUCUACCACCAAUCCGCGAACAAUGUCACCAACAAUAAUCCUCGCUCAAACCCUCAGUACGAGCAUAGUUCUCAUUGCUUCUGGUGGUAUUGCGUCUCUAUCUCUUUUUGACCUUCCAAUACUUCAAUCCCAACCCGCAUCCCGCUCCCUUCCGUCUACGCGCUGGCUCUUUAGUCGCGGCUCACAUAUUUUCCCUCCUGCAUCCUUGACAUCUGCACUGGGAUUUCUCUACCUCUCAUUUCUAUCACUCGGACCUUCUCGGAGCCUUGGACAAGCACUUCGAAUCAUGAAGAAUGGUGGAAGUCCGAAAGUCUACGGGUAUCUGGCAGCAGCGAUUCUGAGUUUUAGUAUCGGGCCAUUUACUCAGUUGGCUAUGAUUCCGACAAACUUCCAGUUGAUUGAGAUGAAUGAGAAGAAAGGUGGUAAAAGGAGCGCUAGGAGUGCAUUGGAAAGUGAUCAGGGCGGAAAGAUGCGCGAGCGCAAAGCAAUAGAUUCUGUGAAUGGCGAGGGAGAAGGAGCGGAGUCCACAGAUUUGAGUGGACCACAGGAGAGGACUGAGGUAAAGACGACGAAGGAAGAUGAUGCGAGAGCAAGGACGCUAUUGAAAAGAUUUGAGACUUUAAAUGCUGUGAGGGCGGGGUUGAUUGGUGCUGGAGGGAUUGUGGGUUUGGUGACAGCCCUUUUGUAAAAUGCCAGAUGCAAACAUAAAGACUGUCGAUGGGGUGCAGCAUUGUUAUAUUUAACGUACGGAAUGUUCUGAAGGGAGAUGAAGAUGUACUGCCCAAAGUUUUGAGACAAGCAGGAACAAUGAGCAUUUCAUCCUUGAGUCGAGGAGCAAGUUCCAUGCAAACGAAAACAGGGCUUUCAGCGGCAAAUAUAAGCUACC